UCCUCUCCAAGUUUUUUCUUAUAAGUUCCGACCACUCUGACAAGCUUGUCCGAGACAGACACAAGACUAGAGAUUUCCGUCUGUCGAUCAUACUUUUCAAGGUUUGAUACAUGCAGAGACUGAUUGAUGUAUGAAUGGCACUAAGGCACUUAGGCAAGAAGAGUAUUCAAGCCUCUUUUAAAAGAGGUUUGGUUCUUCAGCGAGUAGCAGCAGCACCUACAGAGAAGCAUAUUUCCUCUACGUUUUUGAAAAACAAUUCUGAAGGUGUUGCUUUUUCAUUCGCUCGGUACAUUAAUGGUUUCGGGUUUAGCACACUACCAAAUUUGUCUUCUAAUGGUGAAUCUUCCCCAAACUUAACAUCCAUGAGGUACUUUCAUGCAAGCCGAAAAACACUGGCGAGAAGAAAAGAGGAUCCAGACCGUCCCCUGAGCCAUCGUGAACGCAAGAAACAAACAGUGAAAACGAAAGCAAAGUACUCAAAACGGGACAAGAAAACCGAUAAGCCACCCGCUGAAGCUCCUUAUGUGCCUCCUAGGCAGGAAAUAAUGGAAAAGGAGAGGGCUGAGAAAACAGUUGAGGUAUUCGAAGGCAUGACAUUACUUGAGUUCUCCAAGCGUACUGGUGAGUCAUUCCCGGUUUUGCAGAGCAUCGUCCUCGAUGUUGGAGAAACCGUUACUUCGGAGUUUGAUGCUAUCAGUAUGGAUGUCGCCGAGCUCCUUGCAAUGGAGACAGGGAACAAUGUAAAGAGGCAACAUACUACAGAAGGAUCACAGAUCAUUCCACGGCCUCCUGUUGUAACCGUAAUGGGACACGUCGACCAUGGGAAAACCUCUCUGUUGGACGCUUUAAGAAACACCUCCGUGGCGGCAAGAGAAGCCGGUGGGAUCACUCAGCAUGUAGGUGCCUUCGUUGUAGGAAUGCCGGAGUCAGGCACUUCAAUCACCUUCCUAGACACGCCAGGUCACGCUGCGUUCAGUGAGAUGCGUGCUCGAGGAGCAGCUGUGACUGAUAUAGUCGUCUUGGUUGUUGCUGCUGAUGAUGGUGUGAUGCCUCAGACUCUCGAGGCUAUUGCUCACGCUAGAUCGGCGAAUGUUCCGAUUGUUGUUGCGAUUAAUAAAUGCGAUAAACCGGGGGCUAAUCCGGAGAGAGUCAAGAACCAGCUCGCAGCUGAGGGGAUUGAGAUUGAGGAUAUUGGAGGGAACGUUCAGGUCGUUGAGGUGUCUGCGGUUGAGUGUACGGGGCUAGACAAGUUAGAAGAAGCUCUGCUUCUUCAAGCAGUGGAUAUGGACCUUAAGGCACGUGUGGAAGGACCAGCACAAGCGUAUGUGGUGGAGGCUCGGCUAGAUAAAGGACGUGGACCGUUAGCCACUAUUAUUGUGAAAGAAGGGACUUUGAUGAGUGGUCAUUACGUGGUGAUUGGGUGUCAGUGGGGAAAACUCAGGGCUAUCAGGGACAUGGUCGGUAAGACAAUGGAGAGAGCAACACCUGCGAUGCCUGUUGAGAUUGAAGGGCUUAAGGGUCUUCCAAUGGCUGGUGACGAUGUCAUUGUUGUUGAGUCAGAGAAAUGCGCGAAGAUGCUUAGUGAAGGGAGGACAAGGAAGUAUGAAAGAGAUCGGUUGUUGAAAGCGGAGGAAGAUAGAAUAGCUGAAUUUGAGAAGAGAGAAGCAGAGUCUGAACAAGGAUUUCUUCGAGUUGAGUUACCGAUAAUAGUGAAGUCUGACGUGCAAGGAACCGCGCAGGCUGUUUCCGACGCGCUUAGAACGUUAAAUAGUCCACAGGUAUUUGUGAACAUUGUUUAUAGCGGAGUAGGAGCAAUUUUUCAGUCUGAUUUAGCCAGGGCACAAACUUGCCAUGCAUGCAUCGUUGCGUUUAACGUUAAGUGCUGUAAGAUAUCCAGAGCUUAUGCCAGCGUCAAGGUAUUCCAUCACCGUGUGAUAUACCAUUUGCUUGAGGAUAUAGGGAACUUGAUCGUGGAGAAAGCACCAGGAGUAUCGGAGCUGGAGGUGGCUGGUGAAGCUGAAGUAGUGGGCAUUUUCAAGGUGUUGGGAAAGAGAAGAGAAGAGGAUGGAGUGAGCAUUGCGGGUUGCAGAGUGAUGGAUGGUCGGGUCUUUAGAAGUGGGCUGAUGAGGCUGUUAAGGAGUGGAGAGGUGUUGUUUGAAGGGUCGUGUGCGUCGCUGAAACGGGAGAAACAGGACGUGGAACAGGUAGGGAAAGGGAACGAGUGUGGGCUUGUAAUGGGAGAUUGGAAUGAUUUUAGAGUUGGAGAUGUGAUUCAGUGCAUGGAGCGUGUCGUUAGGAAGCCUAAGUUUAUUUCAUCUGAGAGUGGAGCUGUGAGAAUAGAGUGCUGAAGAAUCUUUAAACACUUAUCAAUUCAAUAUUAUUUAUUGUUAGGGUUAGUACGUUGAUGAUAUUUUUUUCGGUGUUACAGAAACUGUAGUAUUACACUGAUCGAAACUGACAAACCAAUAACUCGAGUUAACUUGAA